AGCAGUAGCGGCGAAUGAUGCCUGGGAAACUCCUCUGGGGGGACAUUAUGGAGCUGGAGGCACCUUUGGAGGAGACCGAGAGCCAGAGGAAGGAGAGGCAAAAGAGCUUUAUGGAUAUUGGAAUUUCGGAUAAGGGAUUAUGGACCUGUACUUCCCUUAUAGGGUUGUUAUGAAGAUUUAAACAAGAUAAGCCGAAAACAUAUUACACAAUGCUGGAGUGAUAGAAGGAAGUCAAGGCACCAUUAUGACUCAGAUGAGAAAUCAGAAACAAGAGAAAAUGGUGUUGCAGAUCACCUGGAUGCUCCCAAACCCAAAAAAACUAAAAUGAAAGAGAAACUAAAUGGUGACACUGAGGAAGGACGUAAUAGACUUUCAGAUGAAUUUUCUAAAUCUCGUAAGUCAAGAAGAAAAGAUCUGUCAAAUGGAGAUAUUGAUGAAUAUGAAAAAAAAUCAAAGCGAGUGUCAUCCUUAGAUAGUUCUACUCAUAAAUCAAGUGAAAAUAAACUAGAAGAGACACUAACACGUGAACAGAAAGAAGGAGGCUUCUCCAAUUUCCCUAUUUCUGAAGAGACUAUAAAGCUUCUGAAAGGUCGAGGGGUAACAUAUCUCUUUCCUAUUCAAGUUAAGACUUUUGGUCCUGUAUAUGAAGGAAAAGAUUUAAUUGCUCAAGCGCGGACAGGAACAGGAAAGACAUUCUCUUUUGCCAUCCCCUUGAUUGAAAGACUCCAAAGAAAUCAAGAGACAAUUAAAAAAAGCCGCUCACCAAAGGUACUUGUUUUGGCUCCUACAAGGGAACUGGCAAACCAAGUAGCCAAAGACUUCAAAGAUAUAACUAGGAAACUCAGUGUGGCAUGUUUUUAUGGUGGAACAUCAUAUCAAAGCCAAAUUAAUCAUAUUCGAAAUGGUAUUGACAUCUUGGUUGGGACCCCUGGUCGUAUCAAAGAUCAUCUGCAGAGCGGCCGAUUAGAUCUUUCUAAACUGCGCCAUGUUGUGCUUGAUGAAGUGGAUCAAAUGUUAGAUUUAGGUUUUGCUGAACAAGUUGAAGAUAUUAUCCAUGAAUCCUACAAAACUGAUUCUGAAGACAAUCCUCAGACUUUACUUUUUUCUGCAACUUGCCCACAGUGGGUAUACAAAGUUGCAAAAAAAUACAUGAAAUCCAGAUAUGAACAGGUUGACCUUGUUGGGAAAAUGACUCAAAAGGCUGCAACUACUGUGGAACAUCUGGCCAUCCAGUGCCACUGGUCUCAGAGGCCAGCAGUUAUUGGAGAUGUCCUUCAAGUCUACAGUGGGUCUGAAGGGAGGGCUAUUAUCUUCUGUGAGACCAAAAAGAAUGUAACUGAAAUGGCCAUGAAUCCACACAUAAAACAGAAUGCCCAGUGUUUACAUGGCGAUAUCGCACAGUCACAAAGAGAAAUUACACUGAAAGGCUUCAGAGAGGGUAGUUUUAAAGUUUUGGUGGCAACCAAUGUGGCUGCCCGUGGUUUGGACAUUCCUGAGGUUGACCUGGUGAUUCAGAGUUCACCUCCACAGGAUGUUGAAUCCUAUAUUCAUCGCUCUGGGCGCACAGGUAGAGCUGGCCGGACAGGGAUUUGCAUAUGUUUUUAUCAACCAAGAGAAAGAGGUCAAUUAAGAUAUGUGGAACAAAAAGCAGGAAUUACUUUUAAACGUGUAGGUGUUCCUUCUACAAUGGAUUUAGUUAAAUCUAAAAGCAUGGAUGCCAUCAGGUCUCUGGCUUGCGUUUCUUAUGCUGCUGUUGAUUUUUUCCGACCAUCAGCUCAGAGACUGAUAGAAGAGAAAGGGGCAGUGGAUGCAUUGGCUGCAGCAUUAGCCCACAUCUCUGGCGCAUCAAGUUUUGAACCACGUUCUUUGAUCACCUCCGAUAAGGGGUUUGUGACCAUAACUCUGGAAAGCCCAGAAGAAAUACAGGAUGUUAGCUGUGCUUGGAAAGAACUUAACAGAAAGCUGAGUAGUAAUGCUGUGUCCCAAAUUACCAGAAUGUGCCUCCUAAAAGGAAAUAUGGGUGUUUGCUUUGAUGUUCCCACAACUGAGUCAGAAAGGUUACAGGCAGAGUGGCAUGAUUCAGACUGGGUACUCUCAGUGCCAGCCAAGUUGCCUGAAAUUGAAGAAUAUUAUGAUGGAAGCACAUCUUCUAAUUCCAGACAGAGGAGUGGCUGGUCAAGUGGCCGGUCAGGCCGGUCGGGCCGGUCAGGUGGUCGAUCUGGUGGCCGGUCAGGUAGACAGAGUCGACAGGGGAGUCGGUCAGGAAGUCGACAAGAUGGUAGAAGACGAAGUGGGAACAGAAAUCGGUCAAGAAGCGGGGGCCGCAAACGGAGUUUUGACUGGGAUAGUUAAUCUACCAGUGUGAGCUUGCCUAUUUCUGCCUAAUCAUGUACAUUAUCCACCAAAAAUUAGGUCAUCAUAGUUGAGGUCUGUGUCUGCUUUUGGCAAAGAAGUUGGUUGUAUUUUUUUAAAAAGUAUUUCACAAGAAUGGUUGUAAACAAAUCUACUUAUCCAGUUAUACCUUUGAAUAAAAAAACCUCCUUUUAUUGUCUCUUUUCA